AAAAACAAAGAAGUAGUUUACUAAAGAUGUAUCGGACUUCAAUUCUGUGCAUGCUUUGCUUGACGCUAGGCUCUCCAACUCCUUCUUUCUCAAUUUUCCUUCCGCCAUAUUCUUUGCUUCACUCACUCACGUUCAUCAGAAACCCACUUCAUCCUGCAACAAAUAUUCCCCAAUAUAUAUCAAUCAUCGAAUUUUCUUCAAAUGGAAACCAUUUUUAAGCACACAACUUUAGAAAUUGGUACGAAUUAUUUUAAAUGGCAGAAGAAGAGUCAGAUGAUUUGGAGUUUACACCCACUUGGGUAGUUGCCCUUGUUUGCCUCGUUAUCGUUCUCAUUUCUCUUGCUGCUGAACGAGGCCUUCAUUAUCUUGGCAAGUGCUUGAAGAAAAACCAAGAAUCAUUAUAUGAGGCCUUGCAAAAGAUCAAGGAAGAGCUGAUGCUGUUGGGAUUCAUCUCUCUACUUCUUACAGUCUUCCAAGGAUUCAUCAGUGAAAUAUGCGUUCCAACACAUGUUACAUCCUUUAUGCUUCCCUGCAAGAAGGAAACUGAUGCUCCUGAGGGCAAUACCCAUAACAAAUAUGCUUUUCAACCUUCACAAAGACGUCUACUUGCUGAAGGUGCUCAUCGCUGUGUUCAAAAGGGAAAGGCUCAAUUUUUAUCAUUGGAAGGGUUACAUCACCUACAUAUCUUCAUCUUUGUCUUGGCAGUUGUUUAUGUCUUCUUCUGUGCAGCAACCAUGAUUCUUGGAGGUUUGAAGGUACGGAGAUGGAAGCAUUGGGAGGACGCACUACGACGUGAGAUUCUAAAGUCACAAAGCGGUGAUAGGAUAAAAAAAAUUAACGCUCAACACCGUCGUGAGUUUUUUAAGCAGCGAAAAGGAUAUUCAACUAUUUUAGGCGUUACGAUGUCAUUUUUCAAACAGUUCUACGGCUCUGUCACGAAGUUUGACUACGUUGCCUUGCGACAUGGAUUCAUCAUGACUCACUGCCGUUCAAAUCUCAGUUAUGAUUUCCAUAAGUAUAUGCUACGGACUUUGGAAUAUGAUUUUAACAAAAUUGUUGGCAUAAGCUGGUACUUAUGGGCAUUUGUUGUGCUCUUUCUGCUGCUCAACCUGGCAGGAUGGAAUGCAUAUUUCUGGUUAUCAUUUCUACCUCUCAUUAUUCUGCUUAUUGUGGGUACAAAACUAGAACAUAUUAUAAUCUGUCUGGCUGAUGAGAUUGAGGAGAAAGAGAAGGAGCAAGAGCACGUCCAGAACAAGCCAGAGGACACAGUUGAGAAAGCGCCUUGGGUGAAGCCAUCUGACAAACACUUUUGGUUUGGACGUCCCGGCAUUUUUCUGUAUAUGAUCCACUUCAUUUUGUUUCAGAAUUCAUUUGAGAUUGCGUUUUUCCUGUGGGUCUUGUUUACAUAUGGUGUCCAUUCAUGUAUCCUUGAAGAAGUAGGCCUCAUCAUUCCCAGGCUUCUUGUUGGGGUAAUUGUCCAAGUGCUCUGCAGUUACAGUACAUUACCUCUGUACACUAUUGUUACCCAGAUGGGAAGUAAGUUCAAGCAAGGUCUUUUUCAUGCGAAUGUCGAUGAGUUCUUGAGGAACUGGGCUAAAGAUGCAAGAGAAGCCGGUGGGGGUGAGGCCAGAUCAAACAGAAUUGAGAUGCAGAAUUUGGCUCCAGAAUUGCGGGAAAUUAUUUCUGCUGCUGAAGAGAUGACUGUCAGCGUUGAAGGAUUUACAGAACCUCAAGAUGCUGGCCGAUCGUGUUCAACUUAAUAUAGGCAAGCCAUUUGCUCGAGUGUUUCACUGGAACCUCCUAUUAUCCUUUAUCUUCCUAUAUGAUAUAGUUAACUAACACCUGUUGUCUAUUUUAGAAUUGAGAUUAUUUUUUAUGCAAUUUUGAUUUUAGCAAACUGAAUUAUUUUUCCUUUUUGAUUUAAACUGAGAUAACUGAAAAUUUGAUUAACCGAAGUUUCGGUGAAAUCCCAAGACGAAGGGAAAUUUAGAGAUUUAUGGCU